AUGACGCGGGGAAUCAGCGCCCUCGCCGAGCACACACGCAGUGACAGAGGCAUGUCCGGGAUCGACAACGCUGGUGGUACAAACAAGGCGGCUUCCAGUGGCACAUCCCUGAUCCCUCAACACCGAGCGCCAGACUCAGGCGAGUUCAUCACGAGAAGAUAUAGGGGAUGA